CACUUCACUGCUCUCUCUCUCCUUCCAAUUUCUUCAAUCUUCUUCUAUUUUCAAUCCUCGUUUCCAUUCCAAAAUGUCUUCCUUCAAGAGCAAGUAUCAGGGUAUUUCUUCCUUUUCUCUGUUUCUUCCAAUUUCCCCAUGUUCCGAUCAGAAUUCUGUUUUGGCCUUUUCGUUUCAUUUUUUUGGUAUUUAUGUUUGAUGGCUUGUUUUUUUAUUUUUGGUUGAUCUGUGUCUCUUGGUUUAAUUUCUUGAAUCUGGGUGUUUGUUGCUUCUGUUUCCAGUAAUCCGGUUAUGAUGCUCUGUUUGAUCAUCUCUCUGUUUAGCUUUGUUUAUUUGCUCGUUCAUUUUCAUUUGAUUGCGUAUGUCUAUCCUCUAUUUUGUUAUUCUAUUGUUAUUUCAACUUGUUUGUACUUUGAUCUACCAAAUACAUGCAGUAACUCAUAUAUACUCCUUUAACGUCGGUAUUUAUACUCUUUUGAGGUGUGAUCUCAUUUCGUUUUAAGUUACAGACUUUUUGCUUUUGCAUAUGGUUGAAAUGAAACUUUCCAGUGACAAGAUUGCAGGAAAAUAUCACUAGUUUGGAUUACUGAAUAGCCCGAUCACCGAUGAUGCUUUUAACUUUAUGUGUUAAUAAGAUCUUUACUUGAUUUUGUAUAAGCGUGGAGGCAGGAGCCACUUUCCAUUGAAAUUGUGACUUAACAGGGGGUUCACUCUUUCUCUCUGUUUUUGUGUGCAAGUUUCUGGAUUGUGGGGACAGGAAUUUUGGAAUUGAAUCUUUUGUUUAAAGGGAAUUUAAUGUCCUGUGUAGUGAAGAAUAAAACUCAUCUUAUGUACAGUGGGCCAAGUAGAGGUCAAUAAUGUACCUUUUUCUGGUUUCUUUCUGUUCAACUUUUCCACUCUGUUCCAUCAAUGAAUGCCUUCUACCUGAAGAAGGUACCUAAAUUGAGAACUUCGAAGGAGAAAAAUCUUAAAGAUGAGCUCAUUGCCAAUGCUGCCUACAUUGGCACUCCUGGGAAGGGUAUCCUUGCUGCUGAUGAAUCAACUGGUACCAUUGGCAAACGUCUAGCGAGUAUCAAUGUUGAGAAUGUUGAAUCGAACCGACGCGCACUCCGGGAACUUCUCUUCCUCACUCCCGGUGCCCUUCAGUAUCUGAGUGGAGUUAUCUUGUUUGAGGAGACUCUCUACCAGAAGACAGCUGCAGGCAAGCCAUUUGUUGAUGUCUUGAAGGAAGGUGGUGUGUUACCUGGCAUCAAGGUUGACAAGGGUACUGUUGAACUUGCUGGUACUAAUGGUGAAACAACCACCCAAGGUCUUGAUGGCCUUGCUCAGCGCUGCCAAAAGUACUAUGAAGCUGGUGCUAGGUUCGCCAAAUGGCGUGCAGUGCUCAAGAUCGGUCCUACUGAGCCGUCACAAUUGUCUAUCAACGAGAAUGCUUAUGGAUUAGCUCGGUAUGCUGCUAUCUGCCAGGAGAAUGGUCUUGUUCCCAUUGUUGAGCCUGAGAUUCUGGUUGAUGGAUCUCACAGCAUUGAUAAAUGUGCUGAAGUGACCGAGCGUGUUCUUGCUGCGUGUUACAAGGCCCUCAAUGAUCACCACGUCCUCCUCGAAGGGACUCUGUUGAAGCCCAACAUGGUUACCCCUGGAUCUGAAGCUGCCAAAGUUGCCCCAGAGGUGAUUGCUGAAUACACUGUUCGGGCUCUACAACGUACCGUCCCUGCUGCAGUUCCAGCCAUCGUUUUCUUGUCAGGCGGGCAGAGUGAGGAGGAAGCAACCCUCAACCUCAAUGCCAUGAACAAACUGAAGGGAAAGAAGCCAUGGUCGUUAUCUUUCUCGUUUGGACGUGCCCUUCAGCAGAGUACUCUCAAGGCAUGGGCAGGAAAGGAGGAGAAUGUUGAGAAGGCAAGGGCUGCUUUCCUCACAAGGUGCAAGGCGAACUCGGAGGCAACCCUCGGAACAUACAAGGGUGAUGCAAACCUCAGCGAGGGUGCGGCAGAAAGUCUUCAUGUCAAGGAUUAUAAAUACUGAAAAGGGGUUAUUUUGCUGUUUCUAUUGUUAUUAUGUUUUGUUAAUUAAGCAUGAGGUUAGAGCAUUCUGACGUGUUGAUGAGGUUCAUCAGGGACAACAAUAAGCCUUUUGAAGAAGCUUUUUCUUUGCUUUGCUUUUCUUUUCUUUUCUUUUCUUUUUGUUGGGGAUUGUGGAGUGAGCUGUGUUCUGGUUUUUCUCUCAGUUGUAAAACAAAGAAGGAAAAAAAAAAUAGGAAUUUAUCUAUCUUUACAUUGAACUUUA